ACCCCGCCCCCCUCCGUGCGCGGUGCGACGUCACUUCCGCAGGCGACCCCUUCCCGACCCUGCUGCCCCCACACCUGGUGGAAGGAUUGAAGCGACCUGCCGAGGUUCCUGCGGUGCCUGCUCCUGCGACGGGGGUGCACUCCUGCUGCCUUCCGGGGCGCGGGAGCCUGGGGGCUGCCAUGGCCCCCGGCCACCUGUCAGUGCGGGAGAUGAGGGAAGACGAGAAACCCCUGGUGCUGGAGAUGCUGAAGGCUGGUGUGAAGGACACGGAGAACCGCGUGGCCCUCCACGCCCUGACCCGGCCGCCGGCCCUGCUCCUCCUCGCAGCAGCCAGCAGCGGCCUGCGCUUUGUCCUGGCUUCCUUCGCCCUGGCCCUCCUCCUGCCCGUGUUCCUGGCCGUGGCCGCCAUGAAGCUGGGCCUGCGGGCCCGAUGGGGCUCACUGCCUCCUCCAGGCGGCCUGGGGGGCCCCUGGGUGGCAGUGCGCAGCUCGGGUGACGUGUGUGGCGUCCUGGCCCUGGCCCCAGGCUCCAACGCUGGGGACGGCGCCCGGGUCACCCGCCUCUCCGUCUCUCGAUGGCACCGCCGCCGAGGUGUGGGCAGGCGGUUGCUGGCCUUCGCCGAAUCCCGGGCGCGGGCCUGGGCGGGAGGCAUGGGGGAGCCCCGGGCCCGGCUUGUGGUCCCAGUGGCUGUGGCAGCGUGGGGCGUGGCGGGGAUGCUGGAGGGGUGUGGCUACCAGGCUGCGGGGAGCUGGGGCUGCAUGGGCUACACCCUCGUGAGGGAGUUCAGCAAGGACCUGUGACUCCGGACCCUGGCAGGAGGGAGAGCACUUAAGUGAGCGACUACUGUAUACGGGUUCUCCCUCUGGGAAUCCCCAGCCUGCCCGGGGCCCAGAGGCAGGCCUGCAGAGGGCAAGACACCCCACUGCAGGCUGAUGUCUGUCUGUAGUGUUUGAACUUUUCACAGAGGUCAACCUGUCCAGCUCCCCGCCCCAGAUUUUGUCUGCACUGAGAAAUCUCCUCGGUCUGUCUGCAAAGGUUGCACCGUUUGUGCUCCAGGCCUGAGCCCGGGAGAGAGAUGUGGGGAGGAGGAGAGGGGGCCCAGCCCCAUGGGUUAGGACUUAGGGCAGGGGCACCCCAAAUGGGGACAAGGCCCUCUUGGGGGUGGGGAGGGGUUUGAUGACUGCUUGGAGGGGAUGAGCAGAGCCUUUGCAGAGGAGGGUAGUCCCCCCAGAGAGAGGCCCUGGCAAGGGUGGGGUGGGCACAGGGCUGCCCACGCCAGGCCCCUCCCCGGAAGGUGGGCCAAGAGGGGCGGCCAGACCCAUCUGGUUUUUUACACCCGAUUGUUAAUAAAGCCUG